AUGGUUGGAGUUCCCGGAAAAUACAAAGGCUGCGAGACGUGCCGACGUAGAAGGGUCAAAUGUAGCAACGAGAGACCCCACUGCCACAAAUGCAUAGCAAGCGGAAAGGAAUGCGAAGGAUACGAGAGAGAACGGGUAUUCAUCACUGGAACACCGCAAAAUAAGGGGAGAGUCGCCUCCCAUCCCAAGAAAGGGUCGUCGUCCAAGAAGACAAGAUCGCCAUCAGCCAAAAAACCACCCCGAGCUAUCGAAAUCACCCCAACCCAACCCCUCAGGUCGGCUUGGGAGAACCAUACAUCCAUGUCGAGUCAAGGUGCUGAGUACUCAGUUCUCGUCUCAGCUCUCAAUACCAGGCUCCCCUAUCCAUUGCCAAACAAUUCGGCUCGGGAUGGAGAUGAAUCUUCCUCGCCUUUCCACAUUACGUUUCCACCAUACACGCCGACCGAGAUACAACCUUUUAUGGGUGAAGGAGACUUCAACGUUAGAGCUCAAUGUUUGGCGCGAAUACCAAAUUCUCAUGAUCAAGAUGACUCGGCGCAGAGUUAUUGUGUUUUCUUCUUCGAGCAUGAAACAGCAUAUGCAUUCAACGAAUCUGGAUCUGACCAAGUGAGAAGAUUGGGUCCAGCUUAUUUCGGCCAUUUCCCUAAUCAUCAUUUCUUCGUCCGUGUAUAUCGACCUCUAGCUGUAAGUGACCCUUAA